AUGCAAAGACAAGUCGUGAUGAUAGAUUUGCCAAAAUACAAGGAAAAAGUUGAUAGAUUUGGAGCGGAUCUUGCAAUUAAAGGUUGUAUGGUGAACAAUGUCGACUUUGAUCCGGCAAGAUGGUGGAGACUUUUUGGUGGCUCAACUCCUCAUUUGAAAAGGAUUGUAAUGAGUAUUCUUUCUUUAACUAGUAGUUCAUCGGGUUGUGAAAGGAAUUGGAGCACUUUUGAAGCGGUACAUACAAAGAAACGUAAUAGAUUGGAGACAAAUAGAUUGAACAAUCUUGUUUAUGUUCAAUUCAAUGCUAAUCUAAUGGAAAAACACAAAAAGAGAAAAGAUAGGACUUUGGAAGUGCUUUAUCAAAUUGCUAUCGCACACGCUCAAGAAUGGAUGAUAGAUGGAGAUGACGGUGAUGGAGAUGAAGUUGACCCUGAAUCAGUGAUGGAAGCAAUUGAUGAAACUCUUGGGACUAAUAAUAAUCAAGUACCCCGUAAAAGUUCAACACCGAGAGAACUUUUUGAUGAAGAUUUCGAAUCCGACAAUGAGGAGCAAUUGUUUGAAGAAGAUGAAUAUGAGUCGGAUGGAGUUCAAAUAGUGGAAGAACUUGAAGAUUAA